AUGGCAGCAAAUAAUAUUAAAUGUGAUCCAUUAGAACUUCAUAAAUAUCCCACAAAGCCUGAUAUUGAGUACAAAAGCUCAUCUAUGGGAACCUAUCAUUAUAUAAUUCUUUCUGUAGGUUAUUAUCCUUCAUCAUCCAUUCUUGUCAAAAGUCAAAAAAAGAAUGCAAAUUGUUAUCGAAUACCUGAUAAUUAUAAAGUUAAACUUAAAUGUGUUGAAGAUCAUAGAGAUCUUUGCCAUCAAUCACGAUUUCUAAAACCAAUUGAAAUUUCAACUAAUACUACACAAAGAAAUUGA